UGCUGGUCCGAAGGGCCACCAUCCUAGCGCCUGGGUCUGUGUAUGAGGGCAGAGUUUUCUUCCUGGACAUCCACUUCUCUCAAGACUAUCCCUUCAAACCUCCUAAGGUGACAUUCCGGACCUGUAUCUACCACUGUAACAUCAACAGCCUGAAGUCUGGACAUACUGAAGGACAAUUGGAGCCCCGCCCUCACCAUCUCCAAUGUCCUGCUGUCCAUCUGCUCACUGCUAACUGACUACAAUCCAAGAUGAACCCUACAGGUGAAAAACCCUACGAGUGUGAGGAGUGCGGCAAGCUGUUCAGUCAGGGGUGCAAUCUGAAAAGGCACCUGCGGAUUCACACAGGGGAGAAACCCUACAGGUGUGAGGAGUGCAGCAGGCAGUUCAGUCAUCAGGAUCGACUGACAAGCCACAUGCGGUGUCACACUGGAGAGAAACCCUACAGUUGUGAGGAGUGCAGUAAAAAGUUUAGCAGGUCGGAUAAACUCCAGAUCCACAUCCGUACACACACAGGGGAGAAACCUUACAGGUGUGAGCAGUGCAGCAGGCAGUUUAGCAGGUCAGAUAGUCUGAAGAGACACAUUCAGACUCACACAGGGGAGAAACCCCACAGGUGUGAAGAGUGCAGCAGUGGGUUCAGUCUGCUAUGUAGUAUGAAGACUCCUACAAGGAAAAAGUCACAGAAACUCCAGGACCGGUACCUGCGUUCACCCACAAAACAGACACACAAGAUUUUCAAAAAUCCUUUCAAGGUUCUUCAUGCCCCAGAACUCCAAGAUGACUUCUACCUAAACCUUGUUGAUUGGUCAGCUACCAACACCUUGAGUGUUGGACUGGGAACGUCUGUAUAUUUGUGGAAUUUAAAUGAUAGUCAGAAGACAAGACUAUGUGACCUGUCUUGUAACGGCGACUCUGUAACAUCAGUCAACUGGAACGAGAGAGGGAACCUGGUUGCGGUCGGGACCCAAAAGGGUUAUGUCCAAGUCUGGGACGCCAUGGCAGGCAAAAGGAUCUCUGUGUUGGAGGGGCACUCGGCUAGAGUUGGCGCUUUGGCAUGGAAUGCAGACAUCUUGUCCUCGGGCAGUAGAGAUCGACUUGUUCUGCAGAGGGACGUGAGAACACCCAGCGUAGUGCCAGAGAGAAGACUGGCCGGACACAGCCAUGAGGUGUGUGCCCUGAAGUAUUCUCCUGAUCACCAACACCUGGCCUCAGGUGCUAAUGACAAUAAGUUGUUUGUAUGGAACCUGACCAGUGUAAACCCAGUCCAGCAGUACACCGAGCACCUGGCUGCUGUCAGGGCCAUCGCCUGGUCACCCCACCAGCGAGGUCUGUUGGCGUCCGGCGGAGGCACAGCUGAUCGCUGCAUCCGGUUCUGGAACACUCUGACGUGUGAGCCGCUAAAGUGUGUGGACACGGGCUCUCAGGUCUGCAACCUGGCCUGGUCCAAACAUGCCAACGAGCUGGUGAGCACCCACGGGUUCUCCCAGAACCAGAUCCUGGUGUGGAAGUACCCAUCUUUGGUGCAGGUGGCCAAGCUGAUGGGCCACUCCUACCGUGUGCUGUACCUCGCCAUGUCUCCUGAUGGCAAGGCCAUCGUCACCGGCGCUGGGGAUGAGACGCUAAGAUUGUGGAACGUCUUCAGCAAGACUAGGUCUCAUAGUAAGAGGAAUCUAACUGAGUGAGUACUCAAUCUGUGUUCCCGGUGACCACGGAACUCAGGCAUCAGUUCCAAGCUAAGGGUACCUCAGGCUAACAGCAAGAAGAACUUUUUUUUUCACACUUAAACAAUUUCUACACAAGAAAAGAACUGCAAGAAAAAGCAUUUCCAAUCCUACAGACAUGAUACAAUGUAAAAUAAUGGUGAAGAUCUAACAUGUACCCCAGGCAGAUAUAGGCUGCUUCAGUCUCAAUGUUUUCCUAGCAUUUGAAGCAUCUUUUUAUGAAUAUUUCUUUGAGUUACACAUUUCUCUUACCUUACAUCUUCAAUUAUGUGCAAACCAACAGUAGGCCAGAGUCACAUUGGUCAGUGUAAGGAGGAAUAUGUCAAAAACCAAAAUAUUGGAGUAAACAAGUGGUAUAAAAGCUGUUAUAAUUCAAAAUUUCCUCUGAGCCCAGUAAGAACGUUUUAAUACCUGGCCCUUUUAUUUGAACAUUAAAUAUUUUUUUACCUUUUAAGGUUAUACAUAUAUACUCGCAGUGGAAAGCCAUGCUCUGUUCAUCCAGAGAUUAUUAUAUUCUUAAGAUAUGUUCAAGCAUGCAUUAGGAGUACACCCGAAAGAAACUUCUGGUUUACAUUACUUCAAACUUGUCAAGACUUGCAGCUCUGUUUGUUGGUUGUGUUGAAACCCCCUUUUUUGUUGUUCAAGUCAACUUUUAUGUAUUUGUUCCGUAUGUAAAAUGAAAUAUGGCCAAC